AGACGAGACUACAAGCUCCAGAGAUACCUGCGACGUCUCCCCCGCAGACGUCCGCGAUUGAAAGUAGCAGAAACAUCAAGCCGGAGAAAGUAGGGUUCCACUCCGCUGGGGCGUGGUUGUUCGCGAUCCUCGGAGCUGUCCUUCUGGGAUCGAGACUUGGGUCUUGCCCCGCAGACCCUUGGGACGAAGCUCGGCCACGGAGCAACUAUGAACUUGGAGCGGGUGUCCAACGAGGAGAAGUUGAACCUGUGUCGGAAGUACUACCUGGGUGGGUUUGCUUUCCUGCCUUUCCUCUGGUUGGUCAACAUCUUCUGGUUCUUCCGAGAGGCCUUCCUCGCCCCGGCUUACACGGAGCAGAGCCAAAUCAAGGGCUAUGUCUGGCGCUCGGCUGUGGGCUUCCUCUUCUGGGUAAUUGUGCUGGCCACUUGGAUCACCAUCUUCCAAAUCUACCGACCCCGUUGGGGUGCCCUCGGGGACUACCUGUCCUUCACCAUACCUUUGGGCACCCCCUGACACCUUCUCCUGCGCAGGCCCACGGAUCUGCUCAUUCUCCCAGGAUGGGCUGCUCUGCUCUAGGUUCACUCUUGAGCCCACUAAGUCUUAUUCCCAUCUCCCAUGGUCUCUGCUGACAGCCCCCAAUAAAGGCCCCUGAUUCUCAAUAUUGACUUCCUG